CAGUUAAGCCAUGUUCGAAUUUGAGGCGCACGACCAGCAAUCGAGGGAUGGCUUGUUUUUGGAGCGCUUAAACACAUUUAUGGACAAAUGCCUUGCAGACAUUAGGGCCUUUGCUGAUCGAGAGUUGCGUCCGUAUGAAGAGACAAGACGAUCCAUUGCAGAAUGGCACGCUAAAUAUCUCUUCCAGCCCCAACUUUCAGCCUCGUCAACGUUGCCCGACAAGUGUACAAGAGUACGUUCCAUCCUCUGCGACGCGUCUCUUAUUCUGGAAUCGUUAGCCGAAACGUCUGGAGUGCAAUCGUUUCUUCUCGCUGUAGACCCUCACGACCCUGCAGACGCCGGCUUCCUUGGUGGAUCAGUUUCUGGUCGCGAGUUUUGGAGGGGUUUAAGAGGGGGAGGCGAGAGCGGCGCAAAGUCAUUCAAGCUCUAUUGUCAGAGCCACACUACUUUCAACUCUGGAGAUACGCAAGAUCAAUACCCUCCGCCUCCGCCUCUUCCUCAAGCCUCAACUUCGAAAGCGCCCCCCGCUCGAUCGCUCAAAGCAGAACUAUACGAUCAUGUGCGGAAAGCGCUCAGGACAGCUAGCGGUAUACGGAACGCAGAGAUGAAGUGGACAAACCACGAAAGGCUAGACGUCUAUGGCGUUCGCUUGGCUGGGUGGCCAACCAGCGUCCCCGUUCAAAAUCCCUCGACAUUAAAAGUAACACAGAACAAGCUGCUCUUGGACGCAUUACAGAACGGCACAAUGAAAUUUGAAAGGAUCCUUUCCGUAGUUGGCCCUUCUCAAUCACAUGAGGGCAUUACGACACUACCAGAAGCAGAUGACAACGAGGACUUUUCCUGGGCAUAUGAUGCAGAUGCCGACGCGCCGUCGAAUUGUUCUGUGACGGAGAAUGAGAACAGUGUUUGGCCUGUGAAUGAAAGCGUGUAUGAGUCCCAAGUGAAUCUGAGUAGUACUUGGCAAAGCGAAUACGUUGAGCGUCCCAAAAAACGAGCACGGAGCACAGAAGGAGGGACAGACGAGGGUCAUGAGGGUAUUUCAUAGUUUUUGUUGUAAUUACAUACGUUGGGUUUCAUCUAAAGGUGCCGGUGCCGAG